CGCAGGUCAGCGCGUCGCGACGACCGGGAGCCUAAGGGAUCCAAGGGGUGCGGAGCUGUGGGCGGUGAAGAGCGGAUUCUCUUAGAGGGUCACUGGUAGGGGACUUCCCGAGGUCCUGUCCCCAGGCUGCAGUGACUGGGCUUUCACUGGAGUGGAAGGUGCUGGAAGGUAGACCGGCUACCAUGUCCACAUUCAGGCAGGAAGAUGUGGAAGACCAUUAUGAGAUGGGGGAAGAGCUGGGCAGUGGCCAGUUUGCAAUUGUGAGGAAAUGCCGGCAGAAGGGCACUGGGAAGGAGUACGCAGCCAAGUUCAUCAAGAAGCGCCGCCUCUCAUCCAGCCGACGGGGAGUCAGCCGGGAGGAGAUUGAGCGGGAGGUGAACAUCCUGCGUGAGAUCCGGCACCCCAACAUCAUCACACUACAUGACAUCUUUGAGAACAAGACUGACGUGGUGCUGAUCCUGGAGCUGGUCUCCGGUGGGGAACUCUUUGAUUUCCUGGCUGAGAAGGAGUCGCUGACGGAGGACGAGGCCACUCAGUUCCUUAAACAGAUCCUGGAUGGUGUCCACUACCUACACUCCAAGCGCAUUGCCCACUUUGACCUUAAGCCAGAAAACAUCAUGCUCCUGGAUAAGAAUGUGCCCAACCCACGGAUCAAGCUCAUUGACUUUGGCAUCGCUCACAAGAUUGAAGCCGGGAAUGAGUUCAAAAACAUCUUUGGCACCCCAGAGUUUGUGGCUCCCGAGAUUGUCAACUAUGAACCCCUAGGUCUGGAGGCGGACAUGUGGAGCAUUGGUGUCAUCACCUACAUCCUUUUGAGUGGCGCAUCCCCAUUCCUGGGUGAGACCAAGCAGGAGACCCUGACCAACAUCUCUGCCGUGAACUAUGACUUCGACGAGGAGUACUUUAGCAACACCAGCGAGCUGGCCAAGGACUUUAUCCGCCGACUGCUUGUCAAGGACCCCAAGAGGAGAAUGACUAUCUCCCAGAGCCUGGAGCAUUCCUGGAUCAAGGCGAUCAGGCGGCGGAAUGUGCGGCGGGAGGACAGUGGCCGGAAACCGGAGCGCCGGCGCCUGAAGACAGCCCGCCUCAAGGAGUACACCAUCAAGUCACAUUCAAGCAUGCCGCCCAACAACACCUACAUCAACUUCGAGCGCUUCUCCAAAGUGCUGGAGGAGGUGGCAGCAGCUGAGGAGGGCCUGCGUGGGCUGGAACACAGCCGGCGGCUCUUCCAUGAGGACAUUGAGGCGCUGACGGCCAUCUACGAGGAGAAGGAGGCCUGGUACAGGGAGGAGAACGAGAGCAUUGGGCAGGACCUACGGCAGCUGCGGCAGGAGCUGCACAAGACCGAGGCACUCCAGCGGCAGGCCCAGGAGGAGGCCAAGGGUGCGCUGCUAGGAGCCAGCCGGCUCAAGCGCCGAUUCAGCCGCCUUGAGAACCGCUACGAGGCUCUGGCCAAGCAGGUGGCCUCCGAGAUGCGGUUUGUGCAGGAUCUGGUGCGCGCUAUGGAGCAGGAGAAGCUACAGGGGGUGGACUGUGGCCUUCGCUAGGGCCACGUGGGGGGUGGGCCCAGAGGGUUCUGGUGGUGGGUGUCCCCUUGAUAGCCCUGGAGCCAGGCCCCUCUGUCACCCUUAUCUGGCCCUAGAGAGUUUCCAGGCUGGGGCUGAGGUGGGAAGAGGCUGGACUGGAAUGUGCCUCAGGGGGCCCAGGGAUUCCCUGCUGAGGGGAGGGGCUUAGCUGGCUCCUCCCCAGGAAGACUAUGUAGAUCUGGGCCCCCUCUGUGCAGCCUGUCUUCCCCUGGCUUAGCCUCCCCUGCACACACACACCUCUCUCUCUCUCUCUUUCAUUCUCGAAACAACAACUGGGGUGGGGGCUUCUGGGAUAGUGCCAUCUCUGGAACUCUGUGAACUCUCUGCGAGGGGUUGGUACCUCUAAGAUGGACUGGCCAUGGUGGACACAGAUGCUUUACACCUGGCCCAGUGGCAGGGUGGCAGCCUUCAUGUUCCUGGUUAGGGGGCUGCAGGGCAUUCAGAGUACAGGGAGCAGGGCCUGGUCACCACCUUCAGGAACUCCCUGCCCAUCCAAGCACAUAUAGCCUCAGAGAGGGUUUCUGAGAGCCCCUGCAUGCCCCAGGGCUCAGAAUUGGAGGGGCCUCUGCUGGACACCCCAGCCCCUCUCCCAGAGAUGGGAGGUGGCUCCUCCAGGAUCAGUGGUGGAGGGGGCCUCUGAGCCCUGCUCUCCCCACUCCCUUGCUGGGGCACCCCUGAACUGGGCACCAUGGCCAGAGCUGAGGAGACUACCUACCCCUUGAGGAAGUGCCAGUCUGGAGGUAGUAUGGGGGGUAGGAGGCCAUGUAGCUAAUAACUAAGUACGUUGCCCAGAUGCAGUAAAGGAAACAUCUGCAAAAACUGUCUCUCUUUCUUCCCCGAGGCCCAAGAAGUCCCUGGGCACUGGGUGAGGCAGGUCGUCGGGGGGCCAGGCAGCUGGGGACAGGAGUAAAGAGUCGUCAUCUACCCUGCAGCCCUCCCCAGUGCAGUAGGCUGUGGAGCCAUCUCCUCCUUCCACUCAUAAUGCCAGGUGCAGGCUUCUCAUGACACAUAGUUCCUGAAGGGCCAAGGCCACCAAUGGGGUCCCUCCCCUGCCUCGGUUCCUGGCCCUGUCCCACCAAUCCCUGCCUUGUUCCCUUCUCCAGUGCUGCCUUUUGAACUGUUAGGGCCCAUAUAGGGUAGUUACAAAAGGCUCAUGGGCCCAGUGUCCCCCUCCCCAGAGAGCCCUAGGAUUCCUUAGCCACCCCCCACCCACCCCAGAUUCUGUGCUAUUCUGUGCAGGGAGAAGCCCAUUUGACCUAGUGCAUCUGCCAAGAACCCUCAGGAGCGCUGCUCUAGACUAGUGGGAUUGAAAAGGGGGUUGCAGUGGGUAGUGCUGCUAUGUGCCACUAGGUGCUGCCCUUGAGCAGGAUCUUGUGCCCCCUAAGAAAUUUCCCUAAGGUCCUGGCUUCAAUGAAACGUGAGUCCUUAGCUGGUGGCCACUCUGAGCCCAGAGAUCUUUGCUGCAGGUUGUAAGGUUAAAUGAGGGACACCU